AUGGAGGAGGCUUUCGCCAAAGACGUUAAGCGUAUCGUCGUUAAGGUUGGGACCGCUGUUGUUACUGGAAAAGGUGGAAGAUUGGCUCUUGGUCGCUUAGGAGCACUGUGCGAGCAGCUUGCGGAACUAAACUCGGAUGGAUUUGAGGUGAUAUUGGUGUCAUCUGGUGCGGUUGGACUUGGCAGGCAAAGGCUUCGAUACAGACAAUUAGUCAAUAGCAGCUUUGCGGAUCUCCAAAAGCCUCAGACUGAACUUGAUGGGAAGGCUUGUGCUGGUGUUGGACAAAGCAGUCUUAUGGCUUAUUAUGAGACUAUGUUCGACCAGCUGGAUGUGACGGCGGCUCAGCUACUGGUGAAUGACAGUAGUUUUAGAGACAAGGAUUUCAGGAAGCAGCUUAAUGAAACAGUCAAGUCGAUGCUUGAUUUGAGGGUUAUUCCAAUUUUCAAUGAGAAUGAUGCUAUUAGCACCAGAAGAGCUCCUUAUCAGGAUUCCUCUGGCAUCUUCUGGGAUAACGACAGCUUAGCUGCUCUACUUGCGCUGGAACUGAAAGCUGAUCUUCUGAUUCUUCUGAGUGAUGUCGAAGGUCUUUACACUGGCCCUCCAAGUGAUCCUAACUCAAAGUUGAUCCACACUUUCAUCAAAGAGAAGCAUCAAGAUGAGAUUACAUUUGGCGACAAGUCAAGGUUAGGGAGAGGAGGCAUGACUGCAAAAGUCAAAGCUGCUGUGAAUGCAGCCUAUGCUGGGAUUCCUGUCAUCAUUACCAGUGGGUACUCAGCUGAGAACAUUGAUAAAGUGCUCAGAGGACUGCGUGUUGGAACUUUAUUCCAUCAAGAUGCUCGUUUAUGGGCUCCGAUCACAGACUCUACUGCUCGUGACAUGGCAGUUGCUGCAAGGGAAAGUUCCAGAAAGCUUCAGGCCUUGUCUUCAGAAGACAGGAAACAGAUUCUGUAUAAUAUCGCCGAUGCUCUUGAAGCAAAUGAAAAGACAAUCAGAGCUGAGAAUGAAUUAGACGUAGCUACAGCACAAGAAGCUGGAUUUGAAGAGUCAUUGGUUGCUCGCUUGGUUAUGACACCUGCGAAGAUCUCGAGCCUUGCAGCUUCAGUUCGUAAGCUAGCUGACAUGGAAGAUCCAAUUGGCCGUGUUCUAAAGAAAACUGAGGUGGCAGAUGGUCUUGUUUUAGAGAAGACUUCAUCCCCAUUAGGUGUACUCCUGAUUGUUUUCGAAUCCCGACCUGAUGCACUUGUACAGUUUGCUGAAGCUGUGGUUUGUCCACAAACCAAACAGAUAGCUUCACUUGCCAUCCGGAGUGGAAAUGGUCUUCUGUUGAAGGGUGGAAAGGAGGCCCGGCGAUCAAAUGCUAUCUUACACAAGGUGAUCACUGAUGCAAUUCCAGAGACUGUCGGGGGUAAACUCAUUGGACUUGUGACUUCAAGAGAAGAGAUUCCUGAUUUGCUCAAGCUGGAACACUCACCGUUUGCAUAUGUGCUACAGCUUGAUGACGUUAUUGAUCUUGUGAUCCCAAGAGGCAGCAACAAGCUUGUUUCCCAGAUUAAAAAUACUACAAAAAUCCCUGUUUUGGGCCAUGCUGAUGGAAUCUGUCAUGUAUACGUCGACAAGUCUUGUAAUCUGGAUAUGGCAAAGCGCAUUGUUUCCGAUGCAAAGUUGGAUUAUCCAGCAGCCUGUAAUGCGAUGGAAACACUUCUGGUGCAUAAGGAUCUAGAGCAAAAUGCUGUGCUCAAUGAGCUUAUCUUUGUUCUGCAGAGCAAUGGUGUAACUUUGUAUGGUGGACCAAGGGCAAGUGCAAUACUGAACAUUCCAGAAGCACGGACGUUCAAUCAUGAGUACUGUUCCAAGGCUUGCACCGUUGAAGUUGUAGAAGACGUUUAUGGUGCUAUAGAUCACAUUCACCGACAUGGGAGUGCACACACAGACUGCAUUGUGACAGAGGAUCCCGAAGUUGCAGAGCUAUUCCUUCGCCAAGUGGACAGUGCUGCUGUUUUCCACAACGCAAGCACAAGAUUCUCAGAUGGAUUUCGAUUUGGACUUGGUGCUGAGGUGGGGAUAAGCACGGGCAGGAUCCAUGCUCGUGGUCCUGUCGGAGUUGAAGGAUUACUUACAACAAGAUGGAUAAUGAGAGGAAACGGACAAGUGGUGGAUGGAGACAAUGGGAUUGUUUACACCCAUCAGGACAUUCCAAUCCAAUCUUAG